AUGAGUGAGCCAAAACGUUUUAAACGUGAAUCUACACUAUUUGAACAUUUACCUAACGAACUUUUUGUUGAAAUUUUUGGUUAUUUGAAUGGUGUAGAUGCUGUCUAUGCUUUUUCUCAACUUAAUAUUCGUUUUCAAUGUUUAUUAAAUUAUUAUGUAAAUAAUUUUGAUUUUAAAUCUGUAAGUAAAGCUAAAUUUAAUUAUAUUACUCAACUACAUGAUAUACAUCGAUGGCGAUCCUUAUGUCUUUCUAAUGAUGAUAAUACACCAGGACAAAUAAAAUAUUUUUCUCAAUUAUUUCCACCUAAUGAAUAUAUUCAUCAAUUAGAAUCAUUAACUGUUUUACACAUGAAACCUGAAAAUGCUCAAGAAUUUUUAUUACAAAUUCGAUCCUUGAAUAAUCUUGUUUCAUUAUCAAUUGGACUAAUAUGUGGAUUGAAUAUUCAAUCAAUGGAAUUACCUUCAUUAAAACGACUCGUUCUUACAUCAUGUAAGCAUACCUAUUGGAUAAAGAAUUUUCAUUGUUUGAAAAGUCUUCAAUAUACAAUUGAAUAUAAUUGUAAUCAUAAUCAAAAUUUAAUAUUUCCAAUAACAUUGAAAUAUCUUAAAAUAUUUUAUGAAGAAGGACGAGAUGGAAAUGCUCUUCGAACAAUACUACAACAAAUGUCACAAUUGACUAGACUUGCUUUAUAUGAUAAUGCAAGAUAUAGUCCAAUGCCAAAUGGUAAAAUUUGGGAAGAACUUAUUCAAUCAUCAUUACCAUUAUUAAAUACUUUUCAAUUUUUUUUUCCAUUUGAUCAAUAUCUUAAUAUUUCAAGUGAUUUAAAUCAAACAAUAGAAUCAUUUUCUACACCAUUUUAUUUAUUUGAAAAACAUUGGUUUAUUCGAUGUGAUCGAAGUUCAAAAAGUUUAUUUAUGGGUGCUCUUUAUUCUUUACCUUUUGCUUUUUCACGUAUGAUAAUUAAUACAUGUUCAUUUGAUAUGAGUAUUUCUACGUUACCUAUUAGCGAUUUUGAUGAGAUAAAAAGCAAUUAUUAUACUAGAGUAAAUACGAUAGUAUUCAAUCAAGAAUGUAAAGUUCCACAUGUUGGUUUUCUUUCAUCUAAUAUUGUUGAUCUUAUUCUUAAAGUUAAUCUACCAACAAGUUGGAUUUAUCUAUUAACAAAACUACGUCAUUUACGUAUUAUAGCUGAUAUGCAAAUGUCAUCGGCUGAUUUUAUACGUUUACUUGAACGUGCACCUAAUCUUCAAUCAUUAACUAUAUCUAUUAUUCAAUUAAAAAUAUUAACAGAUAAAUUUACUAAUCAAAUUGUUUGUCAUCAAUUAUCUCAACAAAUUCAAUCGUUAACUAUAUCUCAUCAUUAUUCCGAUAUACCUAAUCUAGGUAUUGUUAGUGUACGUUUACUUUGUUCACUUGUUCGUAUUUUCUCAAAAAAAUGUCAACAUUUAUCAUUAGCUUUAAUGGCACAUCCAAAUACUGUUCGUCCAAUUUUACGACGUAUGAGACAAUUACGUAGUUUACAUAUUCAAUGGCGUCAUGUGUAUAUUGGUGUAGAUGAUCCCGUAGCAUAUUGGCUACAACAACAAUCAACAGAUCCUACAGCUUUAGAUUUUGUUCAUACGAAUGAUAAAAACGAUCUUUUUGUAUGGUUUGGAAAUCGAUUUUAA